AAUGGAGGAGAAAAACAACACAGUGAAGUCCCUCAUAGUUAAACCUUUUAAAAGCAGAACACAUGAGGAGAAGGUGAAAGUGAAGGAGCUUGGACCGGACCGACCGGACAUUAAAUUAGAGCAGCAGACGACGGACAGAGGCAGAAGUUACACUCGGACUUUCUCCAGGACGUGGUUUAGCAUCAAGCCCUGGCUAACAGCAUGUAGCGAGGCUAAUGCUCUGUUCUGCUUCCCCUGCCUGCUGUUUAAAUCUUCAGGAACAGACCCAGCUUGGAUUAAGACAGGUAUCACUGAUAUAAAACAUAUUUCACAAAAAACAAAGAGGCAUGAAAGGACUGUGAGCCACAUGGAGAAUGUUCUCAGGUUAGCCACGUUUGACAAAAUAAACAGUUCACGUCAGCUCGAUAAAGGCUGCAGAGUUAAGGUUCGUAAGCAGCAGGAUGUUGAUAAAAACACUAACAGGCUGAUUCUGUCUAAAAUAAUCGACUGUGUGAAGUUCUGUGGAGCUUUUGAACUUGCCCUGCAUGGCCAGGAUGAAACUAAAGACUCUGAAACUCCUGGUGUUUUUAGAGGUUUGGUGGAUUUUGUAGCAUCACUGGAUGCAGUUCUGCAGGAGCACCUCCAGACUGCUGAAAGAACAUCCAGAGCUGUGCAGAACGAGCUCCUCGACUGUAUGCUGUUGGUCCUGAAAGAGCACAUCAUCGAUGAAGUCAGGACUUCAGACUUUGUCUCCAUCCAGGCUGAUGAAACCACAGACAUUUCCACUCAGCGUCAGCUGGUGCUGCUGAUCCGCUACGUUGAUAAAGCUCAUCGUGUCCAAGAGAGGUUUUUAGAGUUCAUCCCUCUACAAAGUGCAACACCUGAUUCCAUCGCCACAGUUCUUCUGGACAGGCUGAGCUCCAUUCUCCCUGAAGACCAGAAGCACAAGCUCAUUUCACAAUCAUACGAUGGUGCAAGCGUGACGAGAGGAGCCUCAGGUGUGCAGAAGAAGGUCCAGGAAGUGUAUGUGAAUGCACACUACGUUCACUGCUACGCUCACCAGCUGAACCUCAUCAUGCAGCAGGUGACGUCUCACAUUCCUGAAGUGAGUCAGUUCUUCUCAGACCUGGCUGGAUUCUCUGCCUUCUUCUCAAGGUCCCCGAAGAGGCGCAGCGUGCUGGAUAAAGUGAUGGCUCGCAGACUCCCGGGAGCCUGCUCUGUGGGCUGGGACGUCCACAGCCCAGCUGUGAACACUGUCUUUGAGCACAAAGACGACCUGCUCCAGUGUUUCCAAACCAUCAGAGACUCGGAGGAGUUUGACCCCACCACUGUGAGAGAAGCUGGAGGAUUCGUGAGGCUGCUGGAGGACGACGCUUUCAGCUUCUUCCUGAAACUGUUCCAUCUCAUCAUGCCUCAUGUGGACAUCCUCUCCAGCCAGCUGCAGAAGAGGACCAUCGACUCUGUGUUUGUUCACAGCGUCAUGCAGCAGUUCACUAAGAACAUACAGAAGUGCAGAGAUUUCCUCCCCACUCUGUGUGAGGAACAUGUUGUGUCUCAGCAGGAGACAAAACACGGCUCACUGGGCUCAGGUCGUCUUCAGAGGGUCACUGCUGAGGUUUGUGACACCAUCUUGGCUCAUGCAGAUCACAGAUUUGCAUUCACAAAGCAUCUGCUCAGUGCCACACUGCUGCAGCCAAACAGGUUCCUGCAGUACAACAACCAGUUCCCUGAAGAGGCACUGAAGACCACCGUAGAGGCCUACCCCAUGCUGAACAAGGCCAAGCUGAAGACUGAACUGGGUCUCAUCUACAGCAUGGAUGAGUUCAGGAGCUGCCGUGGUGCUGUGUCUCUGUUCAAGCUCUUCAUGGACAACAAUGUGCAGGACACCUUCUCAGAGACUGUGACUCUGCUGAAGAUCAUCAUCACAACUCCCAUGAGCACAGCUGAGUCAGACAGGUGUUUCUCAACCCUGAGGAGGAUCAAGACUUUCCUCAGGAACACCAUGUCACAGGAUCGUCUCAACGCACUGGCCAUGCUCUCUAUAGAGAAAAACCUGGUUAAAAACAUCCCGGACUUCAAUCACAGAGUCACUGAGAAAUUUAUCCACUCAAGAACAGGACAAAGUUUCUUAACAUAGAAUGAGACCCAACAUGACUUUAUUUUCUAAACCUCACCAGUCAUUCACCCUGACUUUUGUUUGCAGCCAUACAGGUAUUACUGAAUGUUUUUCAUUUUUAAAGUAAUAAUAAAUUACAUUUUAAUGUUG